CCUUGCGGGGGAGAGGGUCCUGGUGGGAAAGUGUCUGUUGACGGUAAUGAGCAAUUCUUCUUCAGUCACAAUACAGACAUCACAGAGUCAUCAUGCAUGUUGAUUUGUAAAGUCAAAGAAUUUCUGUAUGCUUCAAGAAGUGAAAGGAAUAUUCUUCACGUGUUCGGGGCGGAGAAGUUGUAACAAAGACGAAAUUGCGUGAUUUUCGUUGCGAACGAACAAGAAAGUAUGGUUUGUGACAAGAUAGUAGCUGUUAAAGUGCUCGAGCUGAAAACUAUACAAAGAAGAGGUUCAUAAUACGUUAUCUUCAAAACACAGUGUUAGGGCGACCAAAUCAAGGACAAUAUAUGAGCGAGACAUGUAGCACGCAUCGAUAAAGCGAUAAAUUCAUUAUUAUUACCUGCGCCAGAUGAUACAGGCUAGGAGUGAAAAUGGAACAGCGGUGGGAUGAUACUGACAGGGGAAAACAGAAGAACUCGGAGAAAAACCUGUCCCAGCGCCAUUUUGUCAACAAAAAACCAAAUGGAAGCCGGUGACUAACCGCCUGAGCUAUGAUAAAUGCCCGCAUUUUACCCGAAAAAAUGAACGGAGGUGUCCACUUGACAGAGCUAGACGUACAUGCUGCUGUGCUGCACGUGCGUUAUCUACAAGAGAGUGACUGAUGACGAGGCCUUCCGCACCUUCUACCUUUUGAAGAAGUUGUCUCGAGAGUGGCCUUUGCUCAACAAUGUCACGUGGGAACAGAACGGAGACUUCUUCACAGACAUUGUAUUCGGCAGUUACAUCAUCAUCACAUUGGGUCUUCUUAUUGGGUACCUCUGUGGUGAGCUUAGAAAUGGCAGGAAAAUGGAAAAAUUCUUCCUUGGAAUGGGAGCUCUGCUUUUCAUCAUUGUUGGCAGCUUGGUAUAUGCGUCACUGGAUUCAGUGCCUCCAGACCUGGUGGACAACGCUGCUGUUCUAGGCACACUGGCGCUAUUCACAGGACUCCUCUUCCUCCUCGACAUUGGUCUCAGCAGACCUAAACCUCCACCAAUCAAACAGCUGUACAAGGCAACUCAAACAGAUAUUGCCUCCAAUUCUGUUGAUCUCCUAGAUAAAGUACAUCGAGUUCCUAAUGGAAACAAAGUUAUUGGAGAACUCCGGUCAUCGCUCAAGACUCGAAGAAGAGCAGAUGAUGAUGAUUCCAGGUACCCUCCCCAUAGAGACUCAACCCCAGACUUGAUGAUGCAAGGACACAGUUUGAGAUCCAGAGGAAUAACUGAAGAACAAAUGACACCUGAAGGUUAUCGUCGUAACGGGCAUUUCUCACCAGAUCAAAGGUUGGAUCAUGGUAGGCAGUUACAUGACAGUUCUGUAAGACAAGAUCUGCGAUUUCCUUCAGACCUUCAGUUAAGACACCAACCAGAAAGUCAUCGUUCAGUUGACCGUAUAUCUUCAGACAAGGAUCAAGAGCGACGUGAUAUUCCAACUAGAGACCAAAGACCAUCUGAUAGUCGUCAUGGCCUAGAUCACCGCACGUCUGAACAAGAAAAUAGCAACUCCUCUUCAGGCGAGCAAAGAUACUUGGAACAAGGCGAAAUCAGUCAAAGGCCUGAGAGUAUUACACCAGAACAGAAACACAGAACAAGACCCAGAGAAAUGUAUCGUGAGAGUGACAGUGAUCUGGAUGACCCCACACACAUUCCAACUGUCUCCUUUCUCCUGACAGAAAGAGGUGAACCUGUUGAAGUGAGGCCUGGAGGUUCAAAACGCAGUCUCCGAAUUAAACCACAACAAACAGGGAAAGGAAGUAUUAAGGAUACAAAACUUCUGCCCAUGAUGCCAGUAGCUUCCACAUCAGAGGACAUUAUGGGCAUGCAAAGGAAGAGAAGCAUCAUUUUAGCAGAGGAUGAACCAAAACAGAAACACUUUGGACAUGAAGAAACACGAAGUCCAGCAGCUGUUCCUGAUGAGAGGGAAAAGGAAAAGUCUGCAUUUGGAACUGUGACAGCUGGGAAAACCAAAGCAUCAAGCAGCAGAAGUUUAGAUAUAGAAGCUGUAAGAUUCGAAGAUGUUUCACAGUCACCUUCACCUGACAUUGGACAUUGGCGUUAUGACAGCCGUGAUGCAAAUAUUGUUCGUCCAGAAAGAGAACUACCAUCAUCACCUUCAGAUCCUGGUUUUGUAAGGUACACUGCUCACAACUGGCCUGACUCAUCACCAAGAACUCCAUCACAUUCACCUGCUGAUUCUGUAACACCUGGAGGAUCCAGAGUACAAAACUGGCCUGAUUCACAGCCAAGAACUCCAUCUCAGUCCCCACAGACCUGGUCUGGAUCAGCAGUAUCAUUUCAUCAAGGACCUGAAUCACAUUCCAGAACUCCAUCUCAGUCAGCACAAGAACUGUCAGAGUCCGUGUCCCGAUCACCAUUAAGUCACCAGGCUCAUUGGCCACAGUCUCGCCCAUCAUCUGAUGAAGGCGAUUAUGCAGCUGCUUUACCACCACCUCCACCAUCAGAGCCACCUGCAUCACAUCACCAGCAAGUAUCCAGUACUCGGCGAUCUCGGAGUGCAAACCAGCGGCACGACGAGGAAGAGGAGGACAACAUUGAUGAAGAUAUUCCAUCGGGAGGAUCACUGACAACACAGCUGCUUCAGAAAUGGCUCAAACAAAGAAAAUCAAAAGCUGGGAAAACAAAAUCAAAUCCUUGAACGAGUAGUUCAUUGCAAAUCAAGUGAGAGAGAUAUGAUUUAUCACAACAAACAGUGCAAAAUCAGAAAGAAAUAGGAAUGAAAGCCAGGAAUGUUUCUGCUUGACAUCCUGUUUCAAUUAAAAUGUUUUGUAGUUAAUGAUCAGGUGCUAGUAAUUUUCAUAGUCUCAGGUCAUGUUUCCUUCUAAAGAAGAAUGACAGAGCCUAUAGACUGAAUAAUAGUAAUAAUUAUGUCUGCUUUCAUAAUUUUAUAUAUAACCCAUCAUAAAUUUCAAAGUACUAAAACUAUUAUUUCAAAAGUAAAUAAAGAAUUUGCACUAUUGCUGAAACAGUAUUAGCCCUACAGAAGGCCAAUGAGUCUGAUUUGAUCAUUACAUUGUCCCCAGUCAAACUGUAGCUUUUUUUAAAAAAUAUGUUUUGUAUUUUUUUACACAUACUCUACCAAGGAUUUAGCAACAGCUGUUUGAUAUACAAAAGGGUAAAAGUUAAAUGCAUGUCCUAAUCUUUAAUUACUGUAAAUAAUAAUGAUGAUGAUGCAAAAUGUGGCAAAAAAUAGCACAUUACUGAAAGAAUGAGGGGUGAGGGGGCAGAGUGGAGGAAAGCCUGUUUUAACAUGCUUUGUAACAGUUCUAUGAUCUUAUGAAAUACAGAAAAUUAAGCCAAUAAUGUUGUACACAACUGUCUUCAGUGUGACUCUCUGGUACAAGAAAUAACAAAAGGAACAACAUCAUUAAACUUACAGUAGCUUGUUUCAUAAUCUUUAUGUUUUCAAGCAUAUAAAUGUUUUCAUUACUUCAGCCUUGAAUAAAUUAGAUGCAAAGAAUGUGAAACUUGUCUUUAAACAGACUGGCUUUUAAAAUCUAUCUCAUUGUCAUAAUAAUUAGUACAUUUUGUUAUGCACAAAAGUUUUGAAACUUACUGAAUUAUGUCUUUGUUUCCUCAGACUUUUUCCAUCCUCAAAAUCCACUACUAACACAAUAACACAUGGGUCGAUGGUAGAACACUCAUAUGAUUUCUGAUCAUUCCAGUCAUGUUGUCAGUCACAUUAAUUUUUCGGAAUAGACCGGCAAUUAAAACCGAUCCAUAUUGUUUUGACAGCAGAUAUUUUAAAGUGUUUUCUUAUCACCAUAGGUGAAAAAUAUAAAACAUGAAGGCCAAAUGAAUAAUGACAUGCCAUAUUUACUUCUUGGUUUUCUGAUGAUAUUUUGUAAAAGUGUUGUAAUUAGGAAUGUAACAUUUUAUAUUCAUGAAUAUAAAUUUUAUGUAAAUCGUUUUUUUAGGUUAAAAUUAUGUGAACAGUCUUGCAGCUUAUCCUUAUUAACCUUUAGACAUUAUGAACAAUUUGUUAGGUUAAGCUCAGCAUAUGAAUGGAUUGAUGAUUUAUUCAUUUUGUGUCAACUAUGUAGGAGAUUUCUAUCACUACCAACCCUCUUCUUCUACAACAAAUUUCUGAUUUUAAUUUAUAACACCAGAAACAAAAAUGAAGAAAAUAUCCAGUGAUUACUUCAGGUCCAAACAGUUUUUACAACUAGUGAUCUUUUAGAAUAAUGAAAUUAGCUGUGAGAAACUAAUAGCAAAACAUUAUGAACUAUGAGAAGUGUAAUCAUGCAAAUAUAUUUAUACUCAGUUUAACCACAGACUGUAUUACUAUCAUGCAAAGUAAUUCUUUGUAAAUAAUUUAAUAUUUAUAUUAAUAGAAUUACAUUUACAUUUAAUAAUAAAAGAUAUUGACACAGGAA